CCACCUUUAAUGCUGGAGAAGCUUUUGCCAUGAUGGCUACCUCUUUUGUAUCCCUAUUUGAGGUUGAAUCCACAUCUCACCCUCCACUCCUAAUUUUCUUUGUCGGAAAACUGCAUUUUAAGUCUUGUAAUUUACUAAUAUAGGAAGCAAACACUAAACAUUAAUCCUCCCCAUGUUCUUUCAGUCUACUGGCACAUUCUUUGCAGCAGCAAGGUAUGGGAGUGCCACUCCUGUUCCACCUCCUGUUAUCAGCCGUGGAACUGGUUGGCUGGGAGUAGGAGUUUUGAUCAAUGGCAUGUUUGGCUGUAUUACUGGCACUACUGCAUCAGUUCCCACAAUACUUCAGAGAGUAUUAUCAUGGAGGUUUGAGGUCAACCCAUAUUCACCACUCUACGUGGGUGAGUUCAAUGACAUUAUUACUGUUAUCUUCAUGUCUGACACCACGGUGGCUGCUCUCCUUGCUUUCUUCUUCGACCUGACACUUAACCGGGAAAAUGAUGAAUCAAGGGAAGACUGUGGAUUGAAGUGGUGGGAGAAGUUCAGCAUAUACAAGUCAAACGUCAGGAAUGAUGAAUUUUAUGCCUUACCAUGCUGCCUUAACAAACUUUUCCCUGCCCUCUAACCCUUCAAAUGUUAGGACAAACAGUUCCUUAAUUCACACAUUUUGGAAAUUUUGAUGUUUUGAUUCCUUUUGCAACUCUAUGCACAAUCUUUCUAUUGCUAUUUAUGAAUAUAAGUCUUGGACAAAU